CGUUAGCACAGCUACACUAACCUUAUGUCUGGAAAUAAUUGGAAACAAACAAGAAAACCGUGUUCUGCCAUCACCUGACGUUCCCGUUUUCCGGGGAUAGUCCCGUUUUUUGGUGUUCUGUCCCCGACUGGAGCUGUCCUCGGAAAACACGUCAUGUUUCUUGCCACUGGGGACUCAUUCAGGACCAUAGUGUCCAGCUACAGGGUUGGGGUCUCCACGGUGUGCAAGAUUGUCCCCCAGGUAGUGACUGCCAUCUGGGACUGCCUUGUGGAGGACUACAUGGCUGUGCCCACCACUGAUACCUGGAGGUCCAUUGCAGAGGGAUUACAGGAGUGGUGGAACUUCCCUCUGUGCUAUGGAGCAGUGGAUGGGAAGCAUGUGGUAAUAAAGGCACCCCCCAACUCAGGAUCCCAGUUUCACAAUUCAGGGGGAACCUUCUCCAUCGUUCUCCUUGCAGUUGGGGAUGCAAAGUAUUGCUUCCGGGUAAUCAAUGUUGGGGGGUAUGGCAGGACCAGUGACGGUGGGAUUCUGGCAAACUCCGCCUUUGGACAGGCUCUCCAGGCUGGCACACUAGGACCCCAGCCCCAUGUCUUCGUGACUGAUAGGGCAUUCCCGCUGCGAAGGAACCUCAUGCGGCCCUUCCCUGGACGCUCCCUUCCUCCAGGGAGGCGUGUCUUUAAUUACUGUCUCUCCAGAGCCUGGCUGGUGGUGGAGAACGCCUUUGGCAUCCUCUCCUCACAGUGGAGGAUGUACCAGUGACUUAUCGAGCUCCACCCUGAAGUUGCAGAGAAGUGUGUGAAGGUGACGUGUGUCUUCCACAACUUCAUGAGGUGUUCGGAGUGGAGAGAAGCAUCUGCUGUCCUGGAGAGGACCCGAAGCCAGGUUUGGGUCGGGUUGUGUCAAACAACUACUCCAGAGGGGCAGUCCGGGUGAGGGAUGUGUUCAUGGCACACUUCUCGGCGGAGGAAGCAGUAGCGUGGUAGCGGACAGAGUAGUGUUUGAAGUCCUACUCAUGACUUCCCCACAUUGGCUCUUUUAAGAGCCACCCACAAACCUAUAAAGAGCAUCACAAAAGAGUUUUACCUCCUUUAUAUGUAUGUAUGUAUAUACACAGACCUGGGUAGAUUACUUGUAAUU